CGGGAGGAAAGACGGUGGGAGGCUUACCAAGAGCCAAGGCGGGAGCCGGACGCAAGCAGAAGAUGCGAUUGCAGCAAACGGGGGGUUGUCGAUGGAAACAGCGAACGGCAGGCGACGGGGUCCGGAAGGGAUUCGCGGGGGGGUUGCGACGAGAGAACAGUUGAUUUGUACUGAAGCUGCGGAAGCUGACGACCGGUUGAGGAAGCGUCAGGAUUCCGAAAGGAAGAGAGAUAGCUGGUUAGCUGGAUCCGUAAAGGAAAAGAUUCCAGUCGCGGAGAAGCGUCGACCGCCACACACGCCCACAAGACACAGCACACAGAACCCGCAACCCACAAGCCGCCCGCCCAGCUCCCAGCUCUCAGCGCUCAGCGCUCACACGCCCAAAGCAACCGGGAAAGCAAGCUCGAUGUGGGUGCUAGGUACGGGCAGCGACAGUCGGCGAACGGCAGCGGGCCUUGAUGACGAUGAUGGAGAUGGACGGUGGAGCUCCGAGCGCACACAGCGAGCCGAUGGAAGCAAAGCCGAUGGGAGGCUCCUAAGGCGUGCUCCGAUCCGUAUAGCGACACAACAAGCACCAAGCACCAAGCAACAAGCGCGCACUAGAAGACGGGAUCAAGGACCGGAGCCCAGCCCAGAGACACGCAUCUCUCUAAUCAACAACACACGACCAGAUUCCCGGCGACAGCCGUCCGCUAAAAAUCCAGACCCGGCGCUCUGGUGGCGUCGCAGUGACAAUGGCAUCGCCCAGGGCAGCGUGCGGGCGGUGCGUUGCGCGUGUCACUCGCGCGCCGCAGUGGGUGCCCGCUGUAUCUGCCCGUACGGUGCCCCCUCCGUACAGCGCCCAUGUGUGCCACCUACCGCAUCAGUACGUGCUGCACUCACCACAUACGGCCCUCGCUGCCCUGGCCACUCGCUGUUCCAUCGCCGCGCCCCUGCUAGCGCCUGGAGGGCUGCUAGGGAGCGGCCCCAGGCGCAGAUGACCGAGCGCGCACAGGGCACCCCGGGGUCCUGCAGGCUCUGA